AAUUCGUCGCAUUUACCCUCGAUUGCCGAUCCAACAGGGAAUCACUCUCCGAAUACUGCCCCAAUCUAUGUUAAUGGUGUUCCACAGUCUGCUCCCGUAGCUACCUUUCCCAUAGAUACAUCAUACACCACCUCCCGAUUUUCAUUUGAUUUCGCCCAAGAGCCUACCAACUUAACCGAUGCUUUACACGAAAUUCGCAUACUGAGGGAAGAGAAACUUCGUCUAUUGGAGGAGCUGGCAAACAGAGAUGCAUUAUUUCAACAUUCCUCGCAAAAUAAGCUGAACAACCCCCCGUGA